AUGGCGGCUGUUCUAUAUCAGAUGUUCGCGAACAACUUUGUGCGCUCAGCGCGCAACCUACGGUAUACCCGCAGAGCACAACCCCUCCGUCUCCGCGGUGCCCGAAAUGCCUCGACAUUACCAGAGAACCCACACAUCUAUGUACACAAGCACCCUCUAGACCCGCACAAAUCCUUGCUAUCCCUCCUCCCCACCGAACCGCCAACCCCCCAGCUCGCGAUAGGAACCUGCGAGUCCCUCCCCGUCACACCAAACAACUUCACCCCAAACCCCUCCUUCCAGCCCAUCCUGUCCUCCGUCUACGCCACCCACGCAACAUCAGAUCCCUACGUGAUUCAACAAGCCUCCGCCUAUGCCUCCCCAGGCUCUGCGGGUGCAGGACAGCAUGGUGGCUGGAUACAUGUGAGUGACCUGCGGAAUCCGCCAGAUUAUGGCAGGAUAGCAUGGCCCGAGGAUAUUCUGGGGAGUGUCGAGGUGGACCGUGCUGGGCAGUUUAGCGAUGGGACGUGGCAGGACAGUGGCACCUAUCGGAUUGUUACGCGCGAGGGCAUACUGGGGAUGACGGAGUUUAUGAGGGGGAAGAUGGUGGAGCGGUUACAGCAGCUUGAGGGGCAGAUGAAGCAGAAGGCAUAGAUGAUUUGGCAAGCAAGCUCUCACAGCAAGGUGCUUCUGAAGAAGAGAGUAUUAUAAGGGCUUCGUCCCCCGUUGAUCGUCGAAACGGAACAAGGCGUAAUGACAUGGACGGCAGCAAGUGUAUCCAAUGAACUGUAGGAACAAUGUAAACGGCCGUUUUUCUAUAACAUAGUACAGCACACGACGAUAAUAUAGACUAUACCUCCAAGUGUACCUGUCGAUCAUGUCUUGGCAUCACUGGGAAAAGUUCCGUCGACACUCUACACCCAGAUAACACACCAAACGCACUGGACCAACCGCGAGAGAAGUAGUAACAGCCCCUCCCUCCACAAUGAGCGAAUCCAAC